CUUUUUGCCGUCAACUUUGAUCGCGCCAGAAGCAAGCCGCGCAUGGACACGGUGUCUGUGAUGCUAUGCUGCCUUGGAUGUAGGAGGCAGAGUCGACGGACGAGCGUUCUGCACGCACACUUCGAUGGCAUUGACGCAGUGUACCCAGGCACUGUGUUUGUCUGCCUCAUUGACAGUCGCGAUGAGAUCGUAGCACAAAAAGCGUCGAUAGACUCGACGUCAGUUCAUCUCCUGCGGCCGGAUGAGUUGCCAAACGUCAUCUCGACCCUGCGUCGAUCCGUGGCGCUGUUCGCGGGCACCCUCCUCCAAUACGACACGACGGUGCAGCCACGACCCAACCAUGUCGUGCACAUCAAGGGCGAGCGCCACCUCUUCUCGUCCUAUGGCCUUCCCGACCACCAUGUACUUGCGUUCUACACCGUCAUGUCCAGCGACGCACUCGCGUCAUGGGAUUGCGCGGCAGCAGACGUUCGACUGGAGUCCAUUCUCCUCGACUUGUCGCGCCUGCUUUCUCCCACUUAAUCCUAUAGAACCUCCUACUUUUUCGACGAAACAAUUUCUAUUUUUUUGCGAAUAUUUCAGGAUAUUUCUAUCAAAUUUUACAGAUAUAUUUCAACAAAACCUCAACUUUUACACGUAUUAUAAUAUUCCCCAUUUCUUCAGCUUUGUUUUGGCCCCAUAAUUCGCAGGCACAUGCACUAGCAUAAAUCAGAUAUCAUAUCCAUUAUCCUGCUCUCAUUCAUCUCUGCCGUCGGCGUCUACUUUCGCGGGGGCGUGGCCGGUCGCUGGGCAGCCGGCGGUGCCGCGGCACCUCCUCCCGCGGCGUUCC